GAGGCGAGUGGAGCCAGUGUCGAGACCAGAAGCCGAACUCGGGAUCUGACAAGAUGGCCGGGCUGCCCCGCAGGAUUAUCAAGGAAACCCAGCAUUUGCUGGCGGAACCAGUUCCUGGCAUUAAAGCAGAACCUGACAAAAGCAACGUCCAUUAUUUUCAUGUGGUCAUUGCUGGCCCCCAGGAUUCCCCCUUUGAGGGAGGGACUUUUAAACGUCAACUAUUCCUUCCAGAAGAAUACCCAAUGGCAGCCCCUAAAGUACGUUUCAUGAGCAAAAUUUAUCAUGCUAAUGUAGACAAGUUGGGAAGAGUAUGUUUAGAUACUUUGAAAGAUAAGUGGUCCCCAGCACUGCAGAUUCGCACAGUUCUGCUAUCGAUCCAGGCAUUGUUAAGUGCUCCCAAUCCAGAUGAUCCAUUAGCAAAUGAUAGAGCAGUGGAAGACCAACGAAGCCCAAGCAACAGAAACGGCUAGAGCAUGGAUAGGCUAUAUGCCAUGAAUAAUAUUUAAAAUCGAUCUGAUCAUCAAGUGUGCAUCACUUCUCCUGUUCUGCCAAGACUUCUUCCUUUUUUGUUUGCAUUUAAUGGACACAGUCUUAGAAACAUUACAGAAUAAAAGCCCAGACAUCUUCAGUCCUUUGGUGAUUAAAUGCACAUUAGCAAAUCUA